UUUCUUUGGUCAAAUACUUUUGUUUGGUUUCUCUUAAGAGCUCUGUACACCUUGUUGUCUUUUCCUUUAUAGAUUGAUUCUCGCUCUUAGUGCGUUCUACUGCUGCGUCUCACCUUUGCAAAUUACAAUAAUAUCACCCGGUCCUAAACUCUACUCUCUUAACUCUUCUCCCCAACCAAACUCGUCCGAAUAACUUCCCGCGCACGUUAGCAAAGCGCACCUUAUCGCAUUAUAUAACAAACUCAUACCACCUUAGAUUAAAAUAUCUGUAUAUAAUAUAAUUAUUAUAAAAUUAAAACCUAUAACUAUAACUAUACUAUACAUUCAUCUGAUUUUUGUUUAAUCAUGAACGGUGCUCCCAAGCACGAACGCCGCUGGGCGUCCGACACCGUGCCGGAGAUGGCAUUCGUCAGCGCCGGGACUUCGCCGGGAACUGAGUACAACUCCGUCACCGACGAGUACGUUGAGGUCACUCUCGAUGUUCAAGACGAUCACACCAUCGUUCUCCGCGGCGUUGAGCCGGUGACUGUCGUUAACGUCGACGACGGCGUCGCCACAAGCGGAAACGAAACUCCGGCGUCCUCUGCGUGGUCGCCGUCCAUCAGGAGGAGCUCUCCCAACCGGUGGCGGCAGUUCUCGCAGGAGCUGAAGGCCGAGGCGGUUGCGAAGGCGAGGCAGUUCUCGCAGGAGCUCAAGGCGGAGCUGCGGUGGUUCUCGUGGAGCCAAGGCGGAUCUGAAGCGGCGUUGGUAGCUCGAGAUCUCAGGAAGCAGCGCGCUCAGCUUGAACGCAACCGUUCGGAUACGAAGAAAGCGCUCCGUGGACUGAAAUUUAUUAGCAGUAAAUCCAAUGGCGUUGACGCCUGGAACGAAGUGCAAAGCAAUUUCUAUAGUCUAGCCAAGGACGGUUAUCUGUAUCGCACUGAUUUUGCGCAAUGCAUAGGGAUGAAGGACUCUAAGGAGUUCGCUCUGGAACUAUUCGACGCGCUGAGUCGUAGACGGAGACUGAAGUUUGAAAAGAUCAGCAGAGACGAGCUUAACGAAUUCUGGUCGCAAAUUACCGAUCAAAGCUUUGAUUCGCGGCUUCAGAUAUUCUUCGACAUGGUGGACAAGAAUGAAGAUGGUAGGAUCAUCGAAGAAGAAGUAAAAGAGAUCAUUAUGCUAAGCGCUUCAGCAAAUAAGUUAUCCAGAUUGAAAGAGCAGGCCGAGGAAUACGCAGCUCUGAUCAUGGAAGAGUUAGACCCUGAAAGACUUGGCUACAUUGAGCUAUGGCAAUUGGAGACGCUUCUGUUACAAAAGGACACGUAUCUCAACUACAGCCAAGCACUAAGCUACACCAGUCAAGCUUUGAGCCAGAACCUACAAGGACUAAGGGCGAGAAGUCCGAUACGUAGGAUGAGCCGCAGAAUGCUGUACUACUUGCAAGAAAAUUGGCGGAGACUUUGGGUUUUAGCAUUGUGGAUUUCCGCUAUGAUUGGACUGUUUACCUGGAAGUUCAUCGAGUACAAGAGAAAAAAUGCUUAUCAUAUCAUGGGUAACUGUCUACUAGCGGCCAAAGGUGCUGCUGAGACUCUGAAGUUCAACAUGGCACUUAUACUCUUGCCCGUCUGCAGAAAUACCAUAACUUGGCUCAGGUCCACCAAGUUGGCUUACGUUGCACCUUUCGAUGAUAAUAUCAACUUUCAUAAGACAAUUGCGGCGGCAGUAAUGAUCGGUGUUAUACUUCAUGCCGGGAAUCACCUUGCUUGUGAUUUUCCUAGACUUGUAAGUUCGUCUGAAAAAGAUUAUAAGACGUAUUUGGAUGGCGUAUUUGGUGAUCAUAGACCCAGUUACGGAGACCUCGUUAAAGGGGUUGAAGGUGUGACAGGAAUUCUGAUGGUGAUUUUGAUGGCAAUAGCAUUUACUCUUGCAACAAAAUGGUUCAGGAGAAAUCUCAUUAAGCUGCCUAAACCGUUUAAUAGGCUCACUGGUUUCAAUGCGUUCUGGUAUUCUCACCAUUUGUUUGUGAUUGUCUAUGUCCUGCUCAUUAUUCAUGGUGUAAGUCUUUACCUCGAGCGCAGAUGGCACCGGCAAACGACAUGGAUGUAUCUUGCAGUUCCAAUUUUACUUUAUGCGGGAGAAAGAACGCUAAGAUUCUUCCGUUCUGGUUUCUAUACAGUCCGUCUUAUAAAGGUUGCCAUUUAUCCUGGAAAUGUUCUGACAUUGCAAAUAUCGAAGCCCUCUCAAUUUCGUUACAAGAGCGGACAAUACAUGUUUGUGCAAUGUCCUGCUGUUUCUCCAUUUGAGUGGCAUCCGUUUUCGAUUACCUCUGCCCCUGAUGAUGACUACCUGAGUGUUCACAUACGGCAACUGGGAGAUUGGACACAGGAGCUCAAAAGGGUAUUCUCUGCGGCCUGUGAACCUCCCGUAGCUGGGAAGAGCGGGCUUCUCAGGGCUGAUGAAACCACCAAGAAGUGUUUACCAAAGCUAAGGAUAGAUGGACCUUACGGUGCGCCAGCACAAGACUACAGAAACUAUGAUGUCCUGUUACUUGUCGGUCUCGGGAUAGGAGCAACACCUUUUAUCAGCAUUCUGAAAGAUCUUCUCAACAAUAUUAUCAAAAUGGAGGAGCUGGCGGAUUCAGUCUCUGAUUCAAGUAGAGGUUCAGACCUUAGCACUGGGAGUGCAGAUUCAAUAUCUUCUAAUAAGAUUUCUCCUAAACGGAAGAAGACACUGAAGACUACAAACGCUUAUUUUUACUGGGUAACAAGAGAACAAGGUUCUUUCGAUUGGUUUAAAGGGGUCAUGAAUGAAGUUGCUGAACUUGAUCAAAGGGGUGUUAUUGAGAUGCACAACUACUUAACUAGCGUAUAUGAGGAAGGCGAUGCCAGAUCCGCCCUUAUUACAAUGGUACAAGCCCUCAACCAUGCAAAAAAUGGAGUUGAUAUUGUUUCUGGGACUAGGGUGAGAACUCAUUUUGCCAGGCCUAACUGGAAGAAGGUUUUCUCAAGAAUAUGCUCUAAGCACUGCAAUGGACGAAUAGGGGUUUUCUAUUGUGGCGCACCGGUUUUGGCCAAAGAAUUAAGCAAGCUCUGCUUCGAGUUCAACGAAAAAGGUCAAACAAAAUUUGAGUUCCACAAGGAGCAUUUCUAAGGGAAUUUGGAGGGAGCUUCAUAUCUGUAUCUAGAAUCAACACAAUUAAUUUUAGCAACUAGUCGUAGUCAAUUAUAAGAUAUGGUUCAAUAAGCUAAAACCUUAAGUAUAGAAUAUGAGGCAUUGUACAUCCCGGCCGGCCGGCAAGAUGGCUGGGCAUUGAUCAUACAUGUGGCUGCAGCUCAAAGGAGAUAUUGCCCUUACAAGGCUCCAGCAACUUCAGAUACAUUCUGCCGAACCGCAUAGAUUAUUGGCCGAUACAUCCCAUAGAAAAUAUACAACAGUUUUGAAAGUGAUAAAAAGGAAUUAGUUAGUGUUCUGCCUCAGGAGCAAUGCAUUGGUUUGUGGAUAAUUUAUUUUUUUAAAAAUUAUCGUUUUCUAAUAUUUAUUUUAAAAAAUAUACUUGAAAAUGAUUUUUUUUUUUUAAGUAAAUGUCAACAAACAUAUACCAAAUUUUCGUUUUCUUCGAGUGGAUUCCAUUAUCUUUGUGGAAUAUUGUGGGUGAAACUAUUGUUUCGACCCUGCUGCUUCUGCUUGGAUUUCUUCUCCGGGAGAGGAGAUCUAAUGUCUAAACACUGUACAUGAGAUGAGACUCUUAAUCGUAUGUUGACUAUGUUCUUUUUCUU